AUGCGCAUGUACCAUCGAGGAGAAAUCCCGCCAAUGGACGGCGAUAGGUCCCAAGGAAAAAGCUUCCCGCCGAGACCACCAAAAUCUGGGCAACAGGAGAAGCGCGGACGACAACCCCGUCCGAGGAAGGAUGCAGAAAAGGCGGAAGCCCCGCCCUUGGGAAGAGGAAUCGUGACGACCACGACGACCUACCCCACCACCGAAGCGACAAGACGCAAGCGGAUUAGAUAUCCCCCACCUCGACCCCUCGUGGUCACGUUGCAGAUUCACGACUGUGACGUCGCAAAGGUUCUAAUUGAUACUGGGAGCACGGUGAACCUCAUCUUCCUAGAGACACUGGAUCGCAUGGGAGUGGAACAGGAAUCCAUCAAACCCACAUCCCGUCCCCUCACCGGCUUCACCGCCGAAUACACCUACAGUUGGAACAGUUCGGCUCCCCGUUUAUGUCGGCGGAAUUUCGAAGCUCCUGAAGUUCAUUGUCAUGGACAAACCGGCCAUCUACAACGCAAUACUGGCACCCCCUGGCUCCACGAAUGA